GUCAUGUGUGGCGAAAUUGAUAGUAUCCUGGUUAAAAGAUGGUGUUGUAUUGAAUUGUGAAGACGGUUGAAUUGAAUUUAUCGCGAGUAUCAAUAAUAAAUCACCGAUCACGACACGAAACAUCUUGUUUAUAAAGAUAAAAAAAGUUUAAUUAUUAUCUGCGUUUAAUACACAGCAACGAAAAAAUUUAUAAUUUUAGUAUAUCAUUUUGUAUUGCAUAAAAUAAAUGGCAAAUUUAAACGAAUUAAGAUCUAUAUGGAAAAAUGCAGAUGCGGUAACUUUUGAUGUUGAUUCGACCGUCAUACAAGAAGAAGGAAUUGAUGAACUAGCAAAAUUUUGUGGAAAAGAAAAUGAUGUUAUUUCGUUAACAAAUCGAGCCAUGCAAGGAGACAUGACAUUUCGACAAUCCUUAGAGGAAAGAUUGAAUAUUAUAAAACCAAAUCUUAUGCAAAUAAAACAAUUUUUGGCUUCUCAUCCAAUAAAACUUUCACCUGGAAUUAAAACUUUGGUAACAACACUACAAAAUCAUAAAAAGCAAAUAUUUUUUAUAUCUGGUGGAUUUCAUUCUUUAAUUGCACCAGUUGCCACAUCACUUAAUAUUCCAUUAGAAAAUAUUUUUGCGAAUAAACUUAAAUUCUAUUACACAGGAGAAUAUGCAGGAUUUGAUGAAAAUCAACCUACUGCAGAAAAUGGUGGGAAAGUAAAAGUCAUUAAGUAUCUUAAGAAUAAAAAAGAACUUAAAACUAUUGUUCAUAUUGGUGAUGGAUCAACAGAUUUAGAAACUACUUCAAUAGUAGAUUUAUUUAUAGUUUUAUUACACAGGAUAUGGAGGAAAUGUAAUUAGAGAAAAUGUCAAACAACAAUCAUUAUGGUAUAUUACUGAUUUUAAUGAACUUGUCACUAUUUUAUAAAUAGAGUUUUUGUAAAUAUUACAAUAUUUGAAAAAUUGUAAUAAUUAUUAUUGAAUAUGAAAUAAAUAUUUAUAUAAAUAUUUUUUAAUGA